UAAGACUGGACUCUGGAGUACAGGUUUCUUUCCAUUCUAGCUUCGACUGCUAGUCGCCCUUGUUCUGCCUCUUCUCAACUUCUGCUCUCUCUCUUUGUCUCUCUCUCUCUCGCUUGCUCUUCUGCCCUCUCGCUAACUCUCUGUCGCCGCUAGAAGAUGUGGGGCAGCGCCGACGGCGGCCCUCCCGAGGUCACCCUGGAGACCUCCAUGGGCCCCUUCACCGUCGAGAUGUACUACAAGCACGCGCCGAAGACGUGCCGGAACUUCAUCGAGCUCUCCCGCAGAGGCUACUACGAUAACGUCAAGUUCCACCGCAUCAUCAAGGAUUUCAUAGUGCAAGGCGGAGAUCCGACGGGAACAGGAAGGGGCGGCGAGUCCAUCUAUGGGCCGAAGUUUGAGGAUGAAAUAAAGCCAGAGCUGAAGCACACAGGAGCUGGGAUUAUAUCAAUGGCGAAUGCUGGUCCUAACACAAAUGGCAGCCAGUUCUUUAUCACCCUAGCACCUUGUCAAUCACUAGAUGGAAAACAUACUAUUUUCGGAAGAGUAUGCAGAGGGAUGGAGGUAGUCAAGCGACUUGGAAGUGUUCAGACUGACAACAGUGACAGGCCAAUCCAUGAUGUGAAGAUUUUGCGGACGGUCGUCAAGGAUUGAUUUUUUGCGCCGCAGCUAAUCGGGCUUCAUUUCCUCUGGAGAUAAUCUCGUCGUCUUUUACGCUGAACAAUCUCUCAACUUUUGUGCCUUAUUGUUGAGGCCUAUCUCUAUUGUGAGCCUUAAAAGAUUUUGGGGUUGUUAUGUUCACAUAAUUCUUGUUACUAGCAAGAUGAUGUUGGAAAAACACAUGGUUUAGGAUGUUGAAAACAAGAACAUUGUUAGUCGGAUGAUGCUGUAAAAACAUAUGGUGUGGGAUGUUCAAACCAAGAAAUUCUCACCGAUUUGUGCUCUUUAAGAAUAGUUUAAUCGCUUGGUUUCUACCAAUCACUGUGACAUCUUAAACGUUUGGUUUACAUCAGUUACGUCUCUAUGGUUUAUAUCA